AUGGCAACGAACCGGCUGACCUUUCUAUACCCGCACCUGUGUCGGACAGGCCGUCUAGGCGACCGGACAGCAUCAGCUCGAUCCACGCUACGAAUACGAGCAACCGCGCCAGUUUCACAGCAAAAGUCCGCUCGCAAACCGCCGUCGUGCCAACAUGCCGCCGCCUCCUUCACGACGGCCUCGCCUGCGAGGCGGCCCGUCGUUAUUAAGCGCCACGGGACGGCCGUAGAGCCGCAGCCACCGCCACCGCCACCGUCAAUUGGCGCUACACAGCCGACGGGAGCAGAGGAAGCUCAGAAGGUCUCCCAGCAAAGCGUGCCGGGAAUUGACCAAGGGCAAGACUCGGCAAGGAUAGAAACACCACCGGUACUGGCCGCACGGAGCGCGCCACAACAGGCGAUAAAACAUCCAGAAGCAACUACAUGUAGUUCACCCAUUGGCGGUAGUGACAGUAUCAAGCAUGCAAUAGAGGGUGCAGCGGCAGCGGCAGCGGCGACAGGAGAGGCCAGCCCAGCGCCAUCUCCACCGCCUCCUCAAGACCCGCUCAGCAAGAUACCUAGCGGGCCUAUGGAAGCGAUCCUCUACAUGGGCGCUCCAUCGUCAUCGCCGCCCGAUCUCGGGCCAGGCGGCAGCAGCAAUAGCAGCGACUCGUCCGAGACGGCCGCGGAGGGGGACGACGGCACGCCGUCGCUGCAGCAGCACAAGCCGCCGCCGCACUUGACGCCACCGCCGUACGUGCACCACUUCGACAGCUAUUCGCUCGUGAAGCACCUGACGGCGGGCGGCUUCACGCUGAACCAGGCUAUCACGGCCAUGAAGGCGGUGCGGGGUAGCCUGGCGGCGAACCUGGACGUGGCACAGGCGGGGCUGGUGAGCAAGAGCGACGUCGAGAACGAGACGUACCUGUUUCGUGCCGCCUGCUCCGAGCUGAGCACCGAGGUGCGCAACAACCGCCGCGUCGCCGACGAGCUGCUACGCCAGCAGCGCACCCUGCUGCAGCACGAGGGCGACAUUGUCACGCAGCGCCUGAACCAGGAACUGCUGACCCUCAACGACACGGUGCGCGGCAUGUUCAAUGACCGCCGCAUGGCGGUGCGCGAGGAGCAAAAGACUGUCGACAGCGCCAUCCAACAAAUCAACUACAAAAUCAGCGUCACACUCAACAGCGACGCCAAGUCCGAAAUUGAGGGCCUACGCUGGGUGCUCAUCCGCCGCUCCGUGCUUGGUAUCAUCUUCAUGGCGGUUCUAACGCUCGGCACGCUGCGCUACGCUAGCUAUGUCAGCCACGAGCGGGAAAAGGAGGCCGAGAAGAGGGCGCGGGAGGAGGAGCAGGCUCGAAAGUACGACGCGAAGCAGGAUAACACGUCUGCUCCCGAGGCAGCAGAGAUCCUCGCCGCAAGCUAG